CCUGCGCGCUUCCGGCGGCUUGCCAAGCGGUGCAGCGGCUCGGCCUCGUCCUCCUCUUCGUUGCCGCCGCCGCCGCCGCUGCCGCCGCUCACCACCCCUCCUCCGUUUCGCUGCAGAAGUGACGACCUCCAAUCUCCACUCGUCGUCUUCGGUAGUUCAACGAGCGCCUCGUGCUGCUGCUCCUCUCGCUUGAGCCGAGGCUGAGCUCCCCCCCCCGUCCCGUCGCCGGUCCCGCCUGCGUCUGUCCCCCCACCCCGACCCCCUCUUGCUGCUGCAGCAUGGAGCUCAUAUCCAUCCUGGAGAAGACCGUGUCUUCGGACCGGAAUGAGCGGGAGUCGGCCCAGAAGUUCCUGGAGCAGGCGGCUCUGGAGAACCUGGCCACCUUCCUGCGCGAGCUCUCAAAAGUACUCGCCAACCCAGGAAACAGCCAGGUGGCCCGAAUGGCAUCUGGCCUCCAGAUUAAAAAUGCCCUCACCUCUAAAGACGUGGAGGUGAAGACACACUACCAGACCCGCUGGCUGGCCAUCGAUGUCCCAACGCGAAUUGAGAUCAAGGCAUAUGUUAUACAGAGCUUGGGAACAGAAGCAUAUCGUCCGAGCUCAGCGGCGCAGUGCAUUGACGGAAUCGCGUGCGCCGAGAUCCCCGUGAACCAGUGGCCGGGGCUCAUCCCUCAGCUCACCGCGAACGUGACCGCACCAAACAGCACGGAGCAAAUGAGGGAGGCCACACUCGAGGCCAUCGGUUAUAUCUGCCAAGAUAUUGAGCCCGAACACCUGCAGGACAAAUCAAACGAGAUCCUGACGGCGAUCAUCCAGGGGAUGCGCAAAGAGGAGCCAAGCAACAGCGUGAAGCUGGCAGCCACCACCGCGCUGCUCAAUUCGCUCGAGUUCUCAAAGGCCAACUUUGACAAGGAGUCUGAAAGGCACUUCAUUAUGCAAGUCGUGUGUGAGGCCACCCAAUGCCCCGAUACAAGAGUGCGAGUGGCAGCCCUUCAGAACCUGGUGAAGAUUAUGUCACUCUACUACCAGUACAUGGAGACAUACAUGGGUGCAGCUCUGUUUGCUAUAACAGUGGAGGCAAUGAAGAGUGACAAUGAUGAGGUGGCACUCCAAGGAAUUGAGUUUUGGUCCAACGUUUGUGACGAGGAGAUGGACCUCGCCAUUGAGGCAUCAGAGGCAGCAGAACAGGGCCGUCCACCAGAGCACACGAGCAAGUUCUAUGCCAAGGGGGCCCUUCCGUAUCUUGUCCCUAUCCUCACAGUCACACUCACCAAACAGGAUGAAAUGGACGAUGACGAUGACUGGAACCCAUGCAAGGCAGCGGGCGUGUGCCUCAUGCUGCUUGCCACGUGCUGCGAGGACGACAUUGUUCCACACGUGCUCACCUUCAUCAAGGACAACAUCAAGAACCCUGACUGGCGCUACCGAGACGCUGCUGUUAUGGCCUUUGGCUCCAUCCUUGAGGGGCCCGACCCAAACCAGCUCAAGCCUCUUGUUGUACAGGCGAUGCUGACGCUCAUCGACCUGAUGAAGGACCCGAGCGUGGUUGUACGUGACACGACAGCAUGGACCGUGGGCCGCAUUUGCGAGGUCCUGCCAGAUGCGGCCAUCAAUGAGAUGUAUCUGGAGAUGCUGCUGGAGUGUCUUAUCCAGGGACUGAGUGCUGAGCCUCGCGUCGCCACAAACGUUUGUUGGGCAUUCUCAAGUCUUGCAGAAGCUGCAUAUGAGGCAGCCGAAAUCCUCGAAGACCAGGAUGAGCCAGCAACCUACUGCCUCUCGUCUAGCUUUGAAGGCAUUGUUCAGAAGCUGCUUGAAACUACUGACAGGCCCGAUGGGCAUCAAAACAAUCUGCGGAGUGCGGCGUACGAGGCCCUGAUGGAGAUUGUGAAGAAUAGUGCCAAGGACUGCUACCCGGCCGUACAAAAAACCACCGUUGUAAUCAUGGAGCGGCUGCAGCAGGUCCUGCAGAUGGAGUCUCACAUCCAGAGCACGUCCGACCGACUCCAGUACAACGACCUGCAGUCACAUCUCUGCGCCACACUGCAGAAUGUGCUGCGCAAGGUGCAGCCAGCCGACGCGGUGCAGAUUUCAGACGUAGUGAUGGCUUCGCUGCUGCGCAUGUUUGAGAGCACGGCCGGCUCGGGGGGAGUGCAGGAGGAUGCGCUCAUGGCCGUGGGCACGCUUGUGGAGGUACUGGGUCCUGAGUUCCUCAAAUACAUGGAUGCGUUCAAGCAGUACAUGGCGGUCGGUCUGAGGAAUCAUGCGGAGUACCAGGUAUGCGUGGCCACCGUAGGGCUCGUCGGUGACCUGUGCCGUGCGCUACAGAUUAAGAUUCUGCCUUUCUGCGACGACAUAAUGCAGCUGUUACUGCAGAACCUCGGGGAUGAGAAUGUACACCGAUCAGUGAAGCCCCAGAUCCUCUCGGUGUUUGGAGACAUUGCACUGGCCAUCGGCGGGGAGUUCAAGAAGUACCUGGGUGUAGUUCUCGACACUCUGCAGCAGGCCUCUCAGGCUCAGGUGGACAAGACUGAUUAUGACAUGGUUGACUAUCUUAACGAGCUGAGGGAAGGUUGCUUGGAGGCAUACACGGGCAUCAUUCAGGGACUGAAGGGAGACCAGGAAAAUGUGCACCCGGACGUAAUGCUUGUUCAACCCCGAGUUGAGUUCAUCCUCUCAUUCAUCGACCACAUCUCUCAGGACGACGACCGCUCCGACUCCGUCGUAGCCUGCUGUGCCGGACUAAUUGGAGACCUUUGCGCGGCGUUUGGCAAGGAGAUCCUGAAGCUGGUGGAAGCACGGCCCAUGAUCGCCGAGCUGCUCACAGAGGGCCGGCGCUCCAAAACCAACAAGACCAAGACCCUCGCCACAUGGGCCACCAAGGAGCUUCGCAAACUCAAAAACCAGAUCUGCUACCAUCCACAUCCUCCUAAUAAAGACACGCUAAAUUAGAUGGGUACACAACUAGAACCUGCAAACCCCAGAGUCACAAUAUAAAAAAAAUAUUAUUGCAGGAAGAACAGCCGUGUGGUCGAGUGCAGGUAUGAGUGAGUGAGUGUGAGAGAGACCGAGCAAGAGAGAGCGAGACAGAAAAGAGAGCGAGAGAGAGAGCACCGAAAAGCACCGCUAGAUUCCGCAGGGGACGAUUUUACGCGUCCCAGAGCGUCUCACCCUGCCGAGCUGAGGCAGAGAUGGCAGCAGAAAGCUGGAUCCCAGCACCUGCCCGAUAUAUGGGGGUAAUUUAAAAAGCAAAGCAACAACCACGAAUGAAAAUAUACGGAAAAAAACAACACAAAGAGAUUCUUACCCCGACAAGACACGAACAAAAGAAGUUGUCUGCAGCAGCAUACAAGAUAAAGCAGCAAAGGACCGUGCCCCUUUGGAGCUGUAUGAGUGUGUGUGAUUGAGAUAUUCCUGUUCCUUGCAUUACAAUUUCUUCUUGCGCCUGUGAAGAUAAACUGGAGUUACACAGAUCCUCAUCAGCGAAUGUUUGUGUUGCUCAGCUAAUCGGAAAAAGGAAAAAAAACUAAAAAUGGAAAAAAGUGAAAGUUAAAAAAAAAACUUGCAGUCUAAACUGCACAUAGGUAAACAUUUAGAUACUAAACCACGUAAAGCGCUUUUUUCCCCUUUAUUUUUUCUGCAAGUGCUUUUUGAUUAUUUUUUGACAUUUUCCCAUCUCCUUUAUUUGUAAGCCCAGCCAUAUCUCCUUCCCCUUGCACCCCACCCCUCCUGUCUUUCUCUUUUGAGUGUCCCUCUGGAAUCCUCAACCCUGUGUGGAGUGCUCAACUGUGCUUCUGGAAAUGCAAAGUCUUAACAUAGCUGUUGGAAAACUGCAGAAUCUGAGCCAAAAUAAAGGUCCGAAACGCGACACUGGUUGGAUUUUGGUCGGCCAGAAAUAUUAAUUGAAUAAUCUACAUGUUUGUAAAUGACAUCUGAUUAGUCAUGUUGGCUCACUUUCUGCCAAAUGAAUGUGAAUAAAAGGUCUCUGUCCUGGACCAAAAUAGACUUUUCAACUUGUGCUUCCAGUAUUUUCUGUGUUUGAAAACUUUGGAUGAAAAUUUUGAAUUAUUUAAAAUUGGCUUGUAUUAUUUGGCUGUAAUUUUGUACAAAGCACUUUAGAUAUGUUUUAUACUCUGCAAGUUGACCUUUAUUAAGGUCCAUGGAGAUGAUUAUGUAGGUAGUACUAUUUGCAAUUGGCCAAAUCAUUGCUACGCGCAUACGCGAGGAGUAAAAAAAGAGAAAAAUAUAUACACAAGGAAAAAAAAAUACUUGAAAAUGGGGUUUUGUCGGCCUGCCAAAUUGUGUGCCUUUCCAAAAUGUCCAGGACACAGUUCUCAUGAAGCACAGUGUUGGGUGUUCCAACUAACUUGCUGACUUGACUACUUGCGUGUUUCCAUGUACUAUAGCCUUAGGUUGCACCAAGUCCAUUCCUGCAGAUCGAAAUGGUGUUGCCCUCGCUCCCCCCCCCCCUUAAACCCCCCCCCCCUUUCCCCCAACUCGCCGUGUGACGAUGUCAAAAAUAAAAAUGGAAAGCGCAAACGCUUCAAACCUAGAUUGUAACGGCCUGUGCAAAAACUGACAUCAAUGUGCUUGGCUGUCAGUUUAAUGAAAAAAUAAAGAAAAAUAAAAAAAUGCAUUUAUAUCA